GCCUGUCAGCCGUCGUGAUCAGAGACGCCUACUUGCCAUCGUCGUUGUGUUUAUAGUAGGUAGCUUCCUGUUCAAUCUAAUUGUAUACUAAUAUUUUCUGCAAAGCGUGCAAAGCCACGCCAUAACGCGACUCAUUACAUGAGUUAAAAAGAAACCAAUCUAGAAGCUGUAUCACUGACAUCAAAAUGGCUUGGCGUUUUAAAGCGUCUAAGUAUAAAAAUGCAGCUCCGAUUGUUCCUAAACCAGAGGCCUGUAUUCGAGACAUCUCGGUUGGUUCAUAUCAAACCUAUGGCAAUAAUAUAGCAGCAUCUGCUGCAUUUAUGGCAUUUAAUGUAGAUCAUAAUGGAUCUAGUCUCGCCGUGCUACCAUUGGAAGAUUAUGGUAGAAAAAGUAAAACUAUGCCUUUACUUCAUGCUCAUGCUGAUACAGUUACAGACAUGGAUUUUUCUCCAUUUCAUGAUGGUUUACUAGCUACUGGCUCGCAAGACUGUCUUGUCAAGUUAUGGCAUAUUCCAGAAACUGGUUUAGAAGAAUCAUUAUGUAAUCCUGAAUGUACAUUUUCCCAUCGUCAAAGAAGAGUGGAAGUGGUGUGUUGGCAUCCCUCAGCUGAACAUCUUCUCACAACAGUAUCGUAUACAAACCUGUCUUUGUGGGACGUGAUUUCACAACAAGAACUAUUUUCUAACAAUGAACACACAGAUGUUAUUCAGUCUUUAAGUUGGAAACAAGAUGGUGUGCUUUUAGCAACAUCUUGUAAAGAUAAGCAAGUGAGAAUCAUAGAUCCCAGAGUUCCCACUUGUGUUGUUAAUUCUUGUUCGAGUCAUCAGAGCAUUAAGGAUUCUAGAAUUGUUUGGUUAAAUAACAGCGAUAGGAUACUCACUACAGGAUUUGAUGCAGCAAGGUUGAGGCAGAUUUAUAUUAGAGACUUGAGGCACCUAAACGAAGCUGUAAAAACAUUGGAAUUAGAUUGCAGCACUGGAAUUCUAAUGCCACUAUUUGAUCCUGACACAAAUAUGCUAUUCCUGGCUGGAAAAGGAGAUACAACUAUCAUGUACAUGGAAGUUAUGGAUAAGGAUCCGUUCUUGGUUGAAGGAAUUCGUCACAGCGGGGAACAAACGAAAGGAGUAUGUUUGGUACCGAAACGAGCAUUAAAUGUUAUGCAAGCGGAAGUUAACAGAUUACUACAACUUACUUCCAAUAUGGUGAUACCUAUCAUGUAUCAAGUACCAAGAAAGACAUACAGAGACUUCCAUGCAGAUAUAUAUCCUGAGACAGCUGGUUAUAUUGCUCAAAAUAAUGCAGCAGCAUGGAUUAAGGGGCAUAACGUGCCUGUUCCUAAAAUAUCAUUAGACCCUGCUAAAAGAAACAAAGGGGAAGAACCCAUUACUGUACACAAGGGAAAUUUAGCAACGCUUAAAGAGAACGAACGAGAAAUUAACGUGGAACAAAAGCAACAGAAAUCUGCAUCUAUCCCUGUACCAAAGGGUUACAUAAAGCCUCAAGAAAUUAAUGAAAAAGAGAUGGCACCUGAGAACGACGUUGAAAAGAUAGAAGAACCGAAAAAGAUAGAUGUUGAAGAAGACAAGAAUAAGGUUCAAAAUGGAGGACAAACAAUUCCACCGAAACCUCUGCCAAGAACGUCAAGAACUAAUAGCAUUUCCGAGGACGAACCAAAACCAGUUGCGCGUCCUCGUACUUCACCAAACGUCGGCUCAGUAGUUACAUCUGUGAAUCCUAAUGCGAUUGGGGGAUAUAAGCCUCGACUUGGACCAAAACCGUUUCAAGCAAAAUCUGGCACUCAAGAUUUCUCCUUUGAUAAAAUCUUUUCAGUCCCCAUUGCACCAAACUCGGACACUAAUGGCUAUCAAAAUGAUUUGAAUAACCAGCUCGAGAAUAACACUGAAUCAGAGAAAUCGCCAUCAUUUAACAACGACCGUAUCAAAGAAGCUGAAAAUGGAAAGAGUGAUUCUAGUUCGUUGGAAGAGGACGCGAAUUCCAGCGACUCCGGUUACAAACCGAAGACACCUAGCACAGCGGAAAGGCGUAAAGUGUUUGAAAUAAAAGGGAAAGAUGAAUCACCAGAAAACGAAGAGCUCGGGAGUUUCGAACGGGGUAAUGCAAAUAGAAAUUCCAUUGCCGAAAGACGACGAUUAUACGAAAGUCGUUCUGUAUCUGUAACUGAUGGAAAUUUAGCGGAGAAGGCAAUGGGAUCGCCAACGAUGUUGAGACGCAGAGAUUCGUUUAAAACGAAGAGCGAGGUGAUCAAGGAAGACGAGGUAAAGAAAGUUAUCUCUAUGUUACGUCAGCAAAGUAUGGAUCCACGUUUAGAGAAAGUAGAUAAUAGCGUAACACCGACGCCAAAGAGAACAUCCACUGUAUUUGGUAGAGUGUCGAAAUUCCGACAUUUGAAAGGAACACCUGGACAUAAAUCUACACAUAUUGAAAAUAUAAGAAAUAUCAGCCGACAGAUAUCUGGAGAAUGUGAUGGAUUUCAUGCUAAUCCUGAUCGUGUCGCUGUACCAUUAAGUGGACCAGGUGGUAAAAUAGCGGUACUGGAAUUGAAAAAAACUGGAAGACUGCCAGAUGGUGUGAUGCCAGCAUUAGUACACGGUACCACUGUGAUGGAUUUCCAGUGGAAUCCGUUUGAUAAUCAACGACUGGCUGUUGCAUGUGAUGAUGGAAUGAUUCGAUUGUGGGAAAUCCCAGAAUCUGGUCUAUCAGAACCAACGAAUGAACCCAAACAUAUUAUAAAAGCUCAUACGGAUAAAAUAUAUUUAAUUAAGUUCCACCCCCUGGCAUCAGAUGUUUUGGCAUCAGCUUCUUAUGAUAUGACUGUGAAAAUCUGGGACUUAACACUUUUGUCAUCCAGCGAAUUGACAGUUCCAAAAAUAACAUUGACAGGGCACACUGACCAAAUAUUUAGUUUAGCAUGGUCUCCUUGCGGUCAGUAUCUUGCAAGUACUUGCAAGGAUGGAAAGCUACGUAUUUAUAAACCAAGAGCCAGUGAUGUACCAGUAAAAUCAGGGAAAGGACCUGUUGGCACAAGAGGCGCACGAGUUAUCUGGGCAUUGAAAGGCCAAUUUCUCGUUGUAUUAGGCUUUGAUAAAGUUUCAGAGAGACAAAUAUACGUGUUUAAAACCGACAAUCUUAACAACCCACUGACCACAGUUGGACUAGAUGUAUCACCGGCAAUUUUAAUGCCAUAUUAUGAUGAAGACAGUUCAACUUUAUUCUUAACAGGGCGUGGUGACUCUACAAUAUAUGCUUUCGAGGUAACAGAGGAACCACCAUACUGUUGCCCACUCAGUCACCAUAGAUGUAGCAGUUUGCAUCAAGGCUUAUCAUUUCUUCCCAAGAAUAAGUGCGAUGUUGCUAGUGUAGAAUUUGCUUCAGCUUUAAGAUUAACUAAUAACACCAUUGAACCUUUGAGUUUCACAGUUCCACGUAUAAAGAGUGAACUUUUCCAAGAUGACCUAUUUCCACCAACAAAAGUUACAUGGAAACCAACCAUGAAUGCCACUGAAUGGUUUAAUGGAGCAAAUAAACAAGCAUACAGAAUAAGCCUGAAACCACCCGGUAUGGAUAAUUUAACUGAAAAUCAGGGCCAAGGAGUUGUCACUGCACCUGUUGCAGCUAAACAGCAACCGGCAGCUCCAUUUUCCGUAUCCGUGCAAUCUUUUAACAGACUUGGAUGGAAUUCUGAUGUAAAAGCUAAGCAAGAAGAGAUCCAGAAAACUAUGAGCAACUUUGUGGGAGAUGUAAUACAAUGCUCGUUGGAACAGGAUCACAUGGAAGGUGUAGAAGAGCACGAAUGGGAUGAGUGAAAAUUGAGCAGCAUUAGUAGGUCAUUUAAAUAAACUGGUAAGAUAAAAUAAAUUUAAAUGUAGUUGUUCAGAACGUAACUUAUUUUUAAGUUAAAUACCACAUCAUAAGCGAAAAUAUUUCGAUAUUAAUGUGUACGUGGUAAGAGAUAUUUAUAAUUGAAAUAAUACUUCCAAAAAUUGUUCAUUCGAAAACGCUAACGAUACAUGUGUAAUUUUUUUACAUAGAUGUAAUCAGUCGCAAUAUCGUACUAAAUUAACCCCAAAAGAAAGAAAAACAUAAAAGUGGGCAUCAAUUCUUAUGACAUACUACAAUGUUUUAAGGAAGGUGUUCUUGUAAAGAAAAAAAAUAUCAUUGCAGCUAUCAUCAUAAAUAAUUUCUAUUAACUACCAUCUUAUGAUUUACUUGGUGUUAAUAAUAAUUAUGUAGGAUAAUUAUCGGUAAGAGCUGUGUUAGAAAUUUAGAUUUACAGAUAUUCUCAAGAAACUAUUAGAAUUUGACAAUAGUUUUGAUUACACUAAGUAACUUUAAAAUAUUUCUAAUACUCAAUGAUUUCGUCUUCUUAUUUUUUAAGUUACCAUUCAUAAUUAAAGAAUAUACAAAUAUCCAGGGUAUUGUUAGUUAGAAAUGGGCACUGUUUGAACAUGCAUUUAGAGCCUUUUUGUAUCAGUAUUUAUUUUUUACGCUACUGUUAUUUUUAUUUAUUUCUUAAUGUAAAGUUAAUUUGAGAAAAAGACGAAUUUAAUAGUUGUUAACAUUGCUCAACAAGCAUUGCUCCUUUCUACUGCAGUGACAGUGUCUACAAAAAUUAGUCUUGAUGAAGUAUGAGAUUUUUACAAUACGUAUCUAUCAAUACCACGUAACAUUCUUUAUUUAACAGAGCAUUAUCAAUGAUAAUCUCAGUGUAUACAAUAUUGUAACCACCAUACGUGUGAUAUUAGUGAACGAUACCUUUUUCACGAUCAAGAAUAGAAAUUUUUACCUACACGCACAUAUUACGUGAGAUGAAUGAUAAAUGAAAAUUACACAUAAUUAAAUUGUGCGGCGAAGUAUACAGAUAAUAGGUUCAACACUUUUCAGAACUUAAAUAAUAGUGCAACGAUUGUCUCGUGUGUAGUAAAUAAAUCAAUUUUCAUACUUUCCCAAUUGCGCCAAAAUAUUUGUAGAAACAAUACGGCUAAAGACCCAUUGAAUAUACUAAAGUAAAAGAAUUUUUUUAUUCAUCUGUCAUUGAAGGAUUGAAGUGUAAAUUCCAUGUUUAUUGGCGACUAAGACAAAUUUUAUAUUACACAUAUAAAUAUGUGUAUAGAAAUAAAGACUAAUAUUGUAGUAAUGAUUUUCUAUUUUAUAUAAUAAUUUACUAUUUCUAUGAAAUAUAUUCAUUUACAAUUUUACACAAAUAUAAUCUCUGAUUAGAUAGACUGUUUUUUAAGGGAGUAAGAUACUGUCCAUAAUGAUAGUUUUUGUAAUUACUCAGAAUGCGAUAGUGUUCCUACUUAUGCAAUUAACAAUUUUAUACGACCACAGUUCCCCUUCAUUUUAGUACAUGAACAUGUAUAAAUAAACGUGGAGUUUACAGCUUAACCAUCAAAUCACGCACACUUUAUACUUUUAUAUUUGAAUGUCGAUUAAUUAAUCAUAUGUAAAAAAUGAAUCUUAUGGUGCUAUUGCUCAUUCGACAGAUCCUAACUCCUCAUAGUUACUGAUGAAAGUACAUUAUUGCUCAGUUUACUCAACAAUCCAGGAUAACAUUCCAAUUUUGUAUUUUACCAUAUCAUGAACAGCAAAUCUUUAUUCUACAAGAGAUUAAGGAGGUGCCAAAAAUGAAAGAACGAAAGAGAAAUGUUCAUAAAUGAAAUUUUUUGUAUCCAAUGGGCUUAACAUUUUGAAAGCUUUACAUUGACAAAGCUGUAUAUUUUUCUCUACAUUCGUCACGCUUUUUUUAUAAUGUUUUAGAAAUAUAAGGUUUCUAGUAGAGCAGAAAUAACGACAAAACUUUUUAUACACAACAGGAGUAAAAACUGAAACAAAGAGGAACAAGGUAAUACUUCGCUAUAAAAAGAAAAUAUUACUGCCAUUUAAUCGUCCGCACUAUGAAUCACAUUUGUAUGUCUAAAUAACCAUCCGUCGGAUAUUCUACACCUGAGAAACGUCAUUGUUGCAUAUUUUCUUAGUCUCGUUUUUUUCGUGUGUGUAUAGCACUAUACAGAAAUUAUAUAUUUAAAAGUUAUUGAUGGCUCAGUUAUUGGUUAUUCUAUGAUAUAAUAGAAGAAGGAAUGAUAAAGUUACUGUAAAAUGAAGGGAGACUAAUUUUCACUUAUAAUACUUCUCAGAAACAUUUAAAGCAAUAGAUUUAUAAUUACUUUAAGUGUAACUCAAAAAUUUUAAUCAUAGAAAUUAUUUCAAUUGCAACAAGAAGUUUCUUAGUGUUCAAUAUUGCACUAUGACUGAUUGCUAAAUAACUUUAUCAUGUAGUAAUAUACCUUUGUAUCGCCCUUAUACCUCUUACAUGUAUUUCACUUAUAAAUCUUUUUAUCAAAGA